AUGUUGCUCUGGUGCUUGGACUGCACCGCCGCAUCUCAGCGACCUGAUGCACCCCAACCAGCGGCUGCAGACGAUGAGGAAGAAGCUCGAGUGGAGGAAGAAGAGGAGUUCGACCACUUCCAGGACGAGGAGGAAUUCGAGGGCCUCGACCAGGAGCGCCAACCCAGCCGGCCACAGGGCGACAAGCCACACCUGACCAUUGCCAAGGUCUGUACUCACCUUAACCCUUCCGCUCUCAAGACUCCAAUCUCUACUUUCUCCUUCACAGUCUUCGCGCAGUGCUUUUCCUCGCCGACAUCUGGCAGCUUUGACAGCUGGCUGAUGCUGGCGGGCCUGACCGUCUACUUUGGCAACUUCAUGGCUGGCCGCAACAAGAACCACCGGCUGGCCACUGGCCUGGUUCCAAAGCCACCGUCAGCUGCUGCUCGACAACUUCUGCCCUCGUUGGCAUUUCACGCGUCAGCACCUUGGACUGCGCGGCUGAGCUCAUCAAGUGUCUAUUCCUCGGACCCGCGGCUAGGCAUUCGGGAUGAUGGGCGCAAGGAGCUGGCCCCAGACGAGGCUGAGGCGGGCGGCCUCGUCAAGGACUCGGAGAGCGUCUACACCCUCUGGUGCAGCGGCCGGCUGUGCGUCGAGGGGAUGCUGGUGGAGCUGCGUCUGCUCAAGCGGCAAGACCUGCUCAGUCUGAUCGCGCAAAUGGUGCGACCGUCAGCUGACCAGCUGGUGAUCCGGGUGACGAUGAGUCCUCAGUCCAUGGAUGGCUUCGUCAUGUGCUUGGCCACAAAGAAGACGGCUGCCCGACUACACAAAACCAUGGCCGACCUGAGUACUUAUUGCCCUGAGAAGAAACGCCCCGACAAGUAUGGCCUACCAGCAAACUUCACUGUCCUCUCGGAGAUGGGCGAGGUGGCAAACGCCAUGGUGGACCAAAAGGUGCUGUCAGUGAUCAAACGCUACGAGGAGUGCAUCGACUACAUCCACAUGUCAGACCAAUACUCGGGGCCCCGGCUGCAGGAGUGUGCAACAGCUGUGCCAAGCUGUGCCAAAAGCAUGAAAUUUGUUGAAAUUGGAUACACAACCACCAAGCUGCCGGAGGUCAAGAAGGGCUCUAUUGGAUUUAAUGUUAUCACGAAUAUGCCAUAUUACCCAACUUUGUGCUUAUAUAUUUGGCUCCGUGCAGUACCUGGCAUGGGUCGAGUGUCAGCUGAAACCAUGGAGGAAAUGAAGCCACUCCUCCAGCUGGUCUUCUACUGCAUCGACAAAGUGCGCCGCUUCAAGCUCAGCAAAGAG